AUGUGGUGGAGCCUGUGCCAGGUUUCUCCCUUGAUUCUCACUAUAUGCUCGCUGUCUAUAACAGCACGUUGGGCCACAGCUGCAGCAUGCGGAGAGCCGGCGGCGGUGCCUGCCCAGAGAAGAAGCAGCAGAGCUGUAAGUUCUCCAGCUCCUGUCAACUGUCAGCUGAGCCAGUGGUCGGAAUGGACUGAUUGCUUCCCUUGCCAAGGGAGAAAACACCGGCAUCGGACGUUGCUGCAGCCAGCAAUGUUUGGAGGGCAGCGCUGUGAGGGGCCCCUCUGGGAUGAGCAAAGCUGCAGUGCUGGGAAGAGCUGUGCCAGAGCUCCAAGCUGUGGGAAUGACUUCCAGUGCAAGGAGACCGGUCGCUGUAUUAAACGGCAUCUCGUGUGCAAUGGCAAUACAGACUGCAGAGAUGGGUCUGAUGAGAAUGACUGUGAAAACGAGGAUACUGAACGCCCCUGUGACAAUCUGUUCCCCAUCCCAGGGUCUGAAAAAGCAGCACGAGGAUACAACAUCCUUACACAAGAGGAGAAAAGGUACAUAUAUGACCCUAAAUUUCUGGGAAGCCACUGUGAAUCUGUCUACAAUGGGGAGUGGAGGGCACUGAGGUAUGAUGCUGCGUGUGAACGCCUGUACUACGGAGAUGAUGAGAAGUAUUUCCUCAAGCCUUACAACUUCCACGUAUACCAAUUCCUGGCUCACGCUGACUCUGGUUUCUCUUCUGAGUUUUACGAUGAUUCAAAAGAUCUGAUUGAUGCCCUCAAAAGUAAUAAAUUCAAAGGAGGGGGCUUUACCUUUGGGAUUGGCCCUAAAAAAAUAGAUUUCAAACUGAACCUCGGCUUCACCUUAUCACGUGGCAAAGGAUCCCUGAAGAAUUUCACGGAAUAUACUGCAAAGAACGUUGGAUUUAUUAGAAUUGCGACCAAGGUGCAGACGGCCCGUUUCAAGAUGAGAAGGAACAACAUAGUUUUGGAUGAAGAUAUGCUCAUCUCCCUGCGGGAGCUUCCAGAUACCUACAACUAUGGCAUGUACGCCAAAUUCAUCAAUGACUAUGGCACCCAUUUCAUGACAUCUGGCACAAUGGGAGGCGAUCUUGAGUACAUCCUCGUUGUUAACAAAGAAGAAAUGAGACGAAAAGACAUCAGCUAUGAAGAAGUAACCACCUGUUUUGGCCUCUCACUGGGUGUUUCAGCCACAAAGCUUAUGCUGCAUUGGGAAGCAUCUGUGUCACUCUCUGUCUGCGGAAAGAAACAGCUUCUGAAUGCUGCUGACUUCUCAGAUGCUGGGAGCAACAAUCCAGUCGUGGAAGAUAUCAUUGUCCGGAUUAAAGGUGGAGAUACCUCUUACAGUGCACGGCCCUUAAGCAGUUGGGAUAGCAACACGUAUCGGCGCUGGGGAAGGUCAUUAAAAUAUAAUCCAGCUAUUAUUGAUUUUGAGCUGCAACCUAUCCACGAAAUCCUUCGCAGAAGUGAUGCUGGCAACAUGGAAACCAAACGGCAGCACCUGAAGCAGGCUUUGGAUGAGUACCUGCUGGAGUUCAAUGCCUGUCGCUGCGGGCCGUGCCAGAACAAUGGUGAACCUGUCCUGGUGGGAGAUGAGUGCUCAUGCCAGUGCCGGUCUGGAUACAGUGGCCCUGCCUGUGAGCAGGCUGAACACCAAGGCACAGGGACAGAUGGGCACUGGAGCUGCUGGUCAUCCUGGACCCCGUGCCAGUCGGGCUCACGGCACCGCAGCCGGCAGUGCACCAACCCAGCCCCGCAGCACGGAGGGGCACCUUGCACGGGGAGAGAUAAGCAGAGCUCCUCCUGCUGAA